AUGAUUUCCUUUUUAACAGAUUUAUCAAUGAUUGCAUCAAAUGUAAAGAAGAAAAAGGACACCACAGCUUUGUGCCUUGAAGACACUAAAGAAAAAAUCAAGAACAUGUUCAACAAGGUUGAACUUUCUAUUUCAGCAUAUGAUACAGCUUGGGUGGCAAUGAUUCAUUCUCCAACUUCUCCUCAAGCCCCAUUUUUCCCUCAGUGCUUAAAUUGGUUGUUGGAUAAUCAACUCUUUGAUGGCUCCUGGGGUCUUCCCGGUCGCCAUCCGAUAUUGAUGAAUGAUGCUCUCUUAUCUACCUUAGCAUGUAUCCUUGCAUUAAAGCAAUGGAGUACUGGUGAAGAUCAAAUUAACAAAGGUCUUGAAUUCAUUGAGUCAAACAUUACUUCAAUCAAUGAUGAGAAGCAACGCCCUCCCAUAGCAUUUGAUAUACUUUUUCCUUCUUUGAUUGAAUAUGCACAAAUUUUGGGCAUUAACCUUCCAAUUGGAGCUGCAAGCUUAGAAUCAAUGAUCCAGAAGAGAGAAAUAGAGCUCCAAAGGGGCAGUCAAAACAACUCAGAAGGGUGGAGAGCAUAUCUAGCAUAUGCUUCAGAAGGAAUGCUGAAGAAGUCACAGGACUGGAAAACAAUCAUGAAGUAUCAAAGAAAGAAUGGAUCUUUGUUUAAUUCACCUGCUACAACAGCAGCUGCUUUUCAGCACCUUAAGAAUAAUGACUGUCUUAAUUACAUCCAAUCAGUAUUAGAAAAAUUUGGUAAUGCAGUUCCAACAGUUUAUCCUCUGGAUAUAUAUGCCCGUCUCUAUAUGAUUGACAGUCUUGAAAGGUUGGGUAUUACUCAUCAUUUCAAAGAGGAAAUUCGAGGUGUAUUGGAUGAAACAUACAGAUAUUGGCUGCAAGGAGUGGAAGAAAUAUUCUUAGAUCCCACCACUUGUGCAAUGGCAUUCCGUAUAUUGCGUCACAAUGGCUAUGAUGUAUCUUCAGAUCCAUUUUAUCAAUAUUCCGAAGAUAAAUUUGCCGAUUCCUUGAAAGGGUACGUGAAGGAUGUUGAUGCUGUUUUAGAAUUAUAUAAGGCUUCAGAAGUCAUUAUACAUCCAGAUGAAUCAAUUUUGGCAAGAAAAAAUACCUGGACAAGACAUCUUCUUAAGCAGGAAUCUUCCCCUUACCGAGUUUUUUCUGAUAAACUUGGUAGUUAUGUUGACCAUGAGGUCAAUGACGUUCUUAAUUUUCCUUAUCAUGCGAAUUUGGAGCGUUUGUUAAACAAGCGAUCAAUGGAGCAUUACAAGGUAGAAGAAGCAAGGAUUUUAAAAACAUCAUAUAGAUCUUGCAAUCUUGCAAACCAAGAAAUUCUAAAGCUAGCAGUAGAAGACUUCAAUCUAUGCCAAACAAUACAUAGUGAAGAGCUGAAACAACUUGAAAGGUGGGUUAUUGAGAACAGACUAGACAAACUAAAAUUUGCAAGACAGAAAAUAGCCUAUUGUUUCUUCUCCGUUGCAGCUACACUUUUCUCUCCUGAACUUUCUAAUGCUCGCAUAUCAUGGGCAAAAAAUGGGGUGCUCUUAACAGUUGUUGAUGAUUUCUUUGAUAUUCGGGGUUUUGAAGAAGAGCAAGUGAACCUUAUUCAAUUAGUGGAGGAGUGGAAUGUAGAUAUCAACAGUGUUUGUUGUUCUGAGAUAGUUAAGAUAAUAUUUUCUGCAAUUCACGGAAAUAUUUGUGAGAUUGGAGAGAGAUCAGUCAAGCAGCAAGGACGUAACGUGAAAAAAAAUGUUAUCAAAUUUUGGUUGGAUAUGAUUCAAUCUAUGUAUAGAGAAGCUGAGUGGUCGAGAACCAAAGUUGUCCCAACAAUUGAUGAUUAUAUGCAAAAUGCAAACAUAUCAUUUGGCUUAGGAGUAAUAGUCCUUCCAGCACUCUACCUCGUUGGACCUAAGCUUUCAGAUGAAGUUGCUGAAAAUAAUGAAUUGGAUUGUUUGUUUAAGCUCAUGAGCACUUGUGGGCGUCUUCUUAAUGAUAUUCAUAGUUUUAAGAGAGAAUGUGAGGAAGGGAAAUUGAAUGCAGUGACUUUGCGUAUUGCUCGUAGCAAUGGACUUAUUACUGCAGAAGAUGCCAUUGAAGAGAUGAAGGGUAUUAUUGAGGAUAAGAGAAUAGAACUCCUGAGAUUAAUUUUGCAAGAAAAAGGAAGCAUAGUUCCAAGAGAUAUCAAGGAAUUGUUUUGGAAAAUGACGAAAGUGUUGCACCUAUUUUACAUGAAGAAUGAUGGAUUUACUUUACUUGAGAUGCACUCUAAUGUAAAUGCUGUAAUUAAAGAGCCUGUCAUCCUUAGUGAAUUGUUGUAUUGGUGCAAUGUUCUUGAGCAGUUAUGUCCACAAGUGCAAGUAAUUCUUCUAAAUGGUCUCUUUGAUCAUCUUGAAAAGUUAGCUUUCGAUAUUCCUACAGCAGAUAAGAGUCAAUGGGAGAGGUUUGAUUAUCAGUUAUGUGCUUUGUUGUUAAAGUUCAAGGAACCUAAUAUUUUAAUUAAUUUUAGGACUUUAAGAUGUGUUACUUUUUGGAACAAGGCUCGCAGUCUAUUUGCUAAUGACAUUCAAUACUCAUAUGAUUCAACCCAGAAAUUGGCUUCCCUUCAACAGCCAGAUCGUGACAUGACUGGUUUUAUUGCUCAGGCAUAG